AUGCCACCCAAUAAGAAGGGGCCUCACAUGCUGGGGUUUUUCAGACGUUUAUGCAAGUUACUGUUCUUGAAGGUCAAGCCUAUAAUAGUAUUCGACGGACCGGCGCCGAAGUUGAAGAGGGAUACAAUAGCCAAGCGAGCUAGGGACGCGGAAAAAGCCGAGGCGCGACUGCGACGGACUGCUCAACAACUAGUGAAAAACAGGCUUUUGCAGAAGGCAGCAUCUAAGGUUCACAAGGAGAGGCAGGGCGAGAGUAGCGGCUCGUCUCCAUCGGCUGAGAUUGCUGAGCCGGAGGGUACGGCCGCUGAGGUAGCGGACAGCAUAUCAGUUUCGUCCAGCAGUGGCAGUGGCUCUUCGUCCGAUAGUGAGUGGAGCAGCGCUAGGACCUUGAACGGCGUGCCGAGCUCUGAGGAGGAGCGACGUAAUGAGCCGAGUCAAAGGAGACGACGAUGGAGAUAUAACAAGGCUGUGCCUUCCGCUUUCCGCGGGUUCUUAGCGGAGCGAAGGGGCCUAGAUGACAUUCAGGUGUCUCAAGAGGCAGUACGGGAGCUGGAAGACAUGGUUCAAGGCCAGGAUGACAACUCCAAGAGCGGCGGGUACGAUCUCGAUACAGUAGCUCAACUGCCGACGAUGGUCCGUUAUAAAGUGCUCUUAGAAGUGAGGGAGAAGGUCAUGAAUGAUGGCCGUGCGAGGGCGAUUCAUCACCAGGCAGUCGCUGGGGCCGAAGGCAUCGCUUUUGCGAGUAAUACCGCGCAAUUCAUGGAGUUGGUGCGGGUCAAUGAGAUGAUCAGCAAAACCAAGCUGGAGAUCGCCAAGGAGGAAGAAGAGCAUAGGUUGGCCGCCAAAGGAGAGGACGUUUCUGCCAAGGGCAUUUAUGUACCACCUGAGGCUGUAACCUCUUCGCCGUCACCUCCUUCGCCUCCUCCGGAAUUCGAAUGGCGUCAGAAAAGGAAGAAGUCGCGGAGUCAAUAUAUGAAUAAUCUCGACAACUUGAAGUAUGCUUCCACGCAGGACGUUGAUCUGAAGCAGACGUUGGAGGAGGUUUUGGACGGUAGUCCUACUUGCGAGGAGGAGAAGCGAGAUGUGAAAAUUGAAGUGAAGAUGGAAGUGCCGAAGGCUGCUGGUGACGGUGCGCUGAGUGAUGGCAGUGACUCAUCCGAUGUCGAUUUCGAUAACAUGUUCGCUGACGAGGAGCCCCAAGGCGUUCGAUGCAUUGACAACAAUGUGGGGCCGUCUGGUUCUCAUUUGGCCCGUGUUAUUUCGGUGAGUGGAAACAUCGAGGCUACUCGCAGUCCGAUGGGGAGGAGGAUAGGGAAGUUGAAGAUAAACCUCAAGAGGAAGAGGGCACCAGAUGGAAUACCAAGCUCUCCCGAAAAUGGCAGUCGAGGCGUACCUGUUCUGAUAUCUGCAAAUGAUGGUAUAGGGAAUGUCACGAUGGAAGUUGGUGACGAGACUGUAGCUUCGGGGAAAAGUGAUGGUGACAAAACAAUGCUCGUUGGAGGUCCUGGUGAAUCCCGCGGAAGCGAUGGAAUAGACUCUAGCGUCGUGCUAGAGUAUCAGGAUAAUGGGAGAAGGGAGGCUAAUGCCACGGCAAGGACCGAGCCUGUCGACAGCUCAGCUGAGUUGCCAGUGACGAUGGGUGUCCCUGAAUCAGAUGACAUUCCGCAAGCUGUCGAGUUUCUGUCGCCCACAGAUGAACCGCUGAUCGAGAGUUCCUCGUUGAGUCGGUCGCGGUCCGCGUCGGUUUCAGCGCCAUCAGUGGCCAGCAUCACAGAGCAGUCGGUGCUCAUAUCGGAUACUCACGAGCCUGAUGGAUACUCACCAGCGGCUGAGGAGGAGUUGGGAGCUGGAGUGGAAAGCCUGCGACGGGAGGGACCAAUGCCCAUGUCGGCAGUUGAAAGUAAAGUGCUGGAGCAUGUGGAGCCGUCACCAAGUAGCGAAGCUGUCGAGGAAGCAUCUGGAACUGCUUGGUUCCCGAAGCCACGGACUGGUCAACCGAUACCAGUAGAGAAGGUGGCUAGGGAGGAGUCAUCUGAAGCUAGGGCUGCCUUGGAUGAGCUGGAUGACGUCGAUAUAGAUGCUCUGGUGGAGAUUGAACGGAAGAUGAUUGAUAUUGAAGGAAUGCCGAAGCCGAGGUAUAGAGGGCGGAAGGAAGGGGGCCAGGUCCCGUUGUCGGCUCUUGAUGAUCUACAGAGCAAGUUGAGGGUCGAGGAGAAACUACUAGAGGAUAACGUUAACAAACUCGCGAAGCAACAAACUGAGGUAGAUUUCAGAGCGCUAAAAGAGGACAUUCAGCUUCUGUUGACAGCCUUCGGCAUCCCUUGGGUGGAUGCUCCUUGUGAGGCCGAGGCGCAGUGUGUGGCGUUGGUCCGUAAUGGCCUGGCAGAUGGUGUGAUAUCUGAUGAUAGCGAUACAUUGAUGUACGGUGCGGAAGUGGUGCUCCGGAGACUGUACUUUGACGCGAUGUACGUGGAAAUGUAUAGUAGCAGCAGGAUGCCCGACAGGCUCAGGGACCACGACGCGAUGGUUUCAUUGGCGAUGCUACUAGGCUGUGAUUACACUCCUGGAGUGCUUGGAAUUGGCGCGGUGAAUGCCCUGGAGAUCAUACAGGCUGGAUAUGUGGGCAUGGAGAGCUUCGUAUUUGGGCAUCAGCAUUGGUGUCGGAGGAUCCGAAGGAGAUCGAGGCGCCGGUGGCAGGCGAGGAAAGUGUCGAUUCUCUGCAACUUCGGCAGUUCAAGAGAGACCAUGGCGGUUACAGGUCCACGUGGACAUUCCCGAAGGACUUUCCUCGACAAGAUGUUUGGGAUGCUCUGAGCAAUCCAGUGGUGGACGACAGCAAGGAGCCCUUUUCAUGGGCGGAACCGGAUGUCUUGGAAAUCGAGAGUCUUAUGAGCAGAUACACUGACAUGACGCAGGAAUCGGUUGACCAGUUGCUGAGGCCAGUAUUGGAGAAGGAGAAGUCAACGAUGAUACAGAGGCGGAUAACAGACUACUUCGCGCCGAAGUUUGACCGUGGGCGCGUUGUCGAUGUGCACAGCAAGCGUAUGCAGCGGGCCGUGAAAGGGCUCGCUAGGCAAGGGUCUACGAUGCGGAAGGCUGCUUCUACACCGGUUGAACUCGGCGAUAGCGACGAUAGUGACGAUGCCUCAAUGUCCCCACAUCAAGCCACUUGAUGUACCGUGAACGUAAAUAGAGUUCGUUAAGGAGAAGGGCUCCACUAGAUCGCGGGGACGAAACAGUCACUUUGCUGAAUUAGGGCGAGCGAGA